CAUUUAUAUAUGUAUAUUGCAUUUCCUUAUUGUUUAGUGUUGUUGAUCACGAGAUGCACCUCCAAGUUCACGUUCGUGCAGAGUCGUUACAUAGAAAUGUACCAACAACUGGAAAAAACGAAAUUUGAUGAAUACAUGAAAGAACGAGUGACGGACCUUGCAAUCUCAAACAUUAAGGCAUUUUUUGAUAAAGACGUCCGAAUGAAAAAGGACUGGGAUGCCAUUUCAGUGGCGCCACUGUGUGACGUAGAAUAUGUGAAAAAACCUAAAACUCGUCUAAAACUAGGGGGCAAUUUUCCAGAGCCUUACUUCACGCCUCUGCAUAAAUGGUCAAAUGAUGAGCGACGACGACGAGCAAAAGAAAACCUACUUGAUCAGCACAAUAAUAAGUUAGAAGAGAAGACACUGCUCCUCUCUGAAAUGGACGCCCCCUGUGAAGCUGUACCACCAAUAGAUGCUCCAGAUUGCAUUGUAUCUGAAAGUUAUAAUUCCACCCAAAAAUCGGUAUAUCUUGAUGCCGAAGAUGAUGUACUGGACAACAGGAAUGAUACUGAUAUUCCUUUGGUAAAGUUUAAUACUAAAGAGAGGUCAUCAAAUGGUAGAGGAAGCUAGAGGUUAUUUUGUUGUAUUUACAUUUGAAAUAACUGGAACAUUUAUUACGUUGACAAAUAAGUCACGGUGUUACUAACAUGAAAACUUUGCAUCAUUAUUUAUUUGCAUCUUUUGAAUAAACACUUUUCAUCUUUGUAUGAAAAUUGUUGACCACACUGCCUAAAGCUAUCUUGAAAGAAGAAGAAAGAGAACCUAAAAAACAAACAAACUUGGCUCUCCCAUUAAGAAGGUUUUUUUAAUGAUUCUCAAGCCACAUAUUGUAAUAAUAGGUGGGGGAAGUAGUAUUUUUAUUAUAUGGAAAUACUUUAAUUUUUGUUUAUCGUGGUGGAUUGAUGUGAGUAUUUUGGCAACGCAGGAAAUUAUCGAUCGUAUAUCAUCAAAAAUAUCAUAAAUAGUGUUGAAACUGAUAAAGAAAUGUUAACUGAUGUGGUUCAGAUUUGGUGUUUUUUUUAACCAAAUUAAAAGUCAAAACAACCAUGUUGGCAUGGCUAAUGAAAGUAAGUGUAACUAACGACGUCCAUAUUGGAUAUUAACUUUUCAGGAGCCGUCAAAACCACACCUUAUUUAGUGUAUAUUUGACAAUAAAACAAAUAAAAGUCAUUCUGACGCAUUUGUUGAAACUAUAACAUUAAAAAAAACGCAUU